AUGCUCAGAUGGGCCGGGGCCAACUGGGCAACGGUUGGCUAUUGCCUCGAAAACAACGCUGAAGGUCUUUCAAAAGGGAUGUCGAUGCGAUGUUACUCUGGCGCUGGGGCUAAAAGCGCCCCCGCCAAUAACAAGCCUUCUAUUGCCGAUAAAGCCGCCAAGCAGCAGUACCUUACCGCGCAAGAGGAGCAAGCACUGGUAGAAUAUGUGCUGCGGUUAGCGGACAAUGGCUAUCCGCUUCCAGUCAGGUUUCUACGAUCGCUCGCUCUGGUCAUCGCGCGCCAACGAUCCUCGACUUUCCAGAUCACAGAUCCCCGCCUUGAGAUCCGACCUCCGGGAAAGAAUUGGCCCCAGGAGUUUUACCUACGCCACCCGCAGUUGAAAGCGCGACGGUUACGAGCGAUCGAUUGGAAGCGAGAUGACCGGCAGAUCGAAGACAAAGUCCGACAUUGGUUUGCCAUCAUUGGCCGAGAGCUAGUCGAUCCCGCCAUUCUCCCGGAAAAUGUAUAUAAUAUGGACGAGACGGGAGUUCUUCUCAGCGUUCUCAAAUCUCUCAAAGUCCUUGUCCACAGAGACGAUUUGAGAAAGCAUCGAGGGACCACAAUGAAGCGGACGCUAGUUACAGCAAUUGAAUGCAUUUCCGCCGAUGGCCGGUGCCUCCAUCCUCUCAUUAUCUGGCCGGCCGCCACCAACCGCAGCGAUCGGCCACGACUCUUAAUCUGCGAUGGUUUUGGCACUCAUGAGUCUCUGGAGGUCAUGAAAUUUUGCUUUGCUAACCGUAUAAUCCUGUGUCGUCUCCCCUCUCAUACGUCUCACAAACUGCAGCCGUGUGAUGUGGGCGUCUUCGGUCCUCUGAAAACGGCAUAUCGGGCACAGGUUGAGCAGGCAUGCCGGGCUGGUGUGAAAACCAUCGGCAAGCCACACUUCACUUAUCUUUAUGAUCGCGCCCGAAAUGAAGCAUUUACACCCCGGAAUAUACGAUCCGCCUGGUCGAAAAGCGGCCUCUUUCCAUUCGAUCCAUCUCGCGUCCUCCGAGAGUUUCCAGCGCCACGAACCGAGGUACAGACCACGAUCCCCGUGGUCCAUCCGACCGUGUCCUUUAACAUCUGUCACACUCCAAAUACCUCUGACCAGUACGCUUUGCUUCGUAGCGAGGUAGAGAAAGAUACGUGGAAUCUAGAUAGUGUGUGCAAGAAUCGCCUGCGGACACUCAGCCACGCGGCCGAAAAGGUCUUUGCGGAGCGCGCCUUGUUGCUGGAGGAGAACCGAAUCCUAUUUGAGCAGAAUAAUGAAAAGACCUGCCGAAAAUCUAGUGGCGCGGCAGUUAUAGGACACGCGAAAGUGAUGAGCUACGAAGAUAUCGUUGAGGCGCAGCAGAAACGAGAUAUGACGGUGGCGAAGGAAGAUUCCAUGAGGAAAAGGAAGUCGAAAGGCAGGGACAAGCCGCCUUCCAAAUCAGAGGAGAAGCGCAAAGCUGAGCAGGAGAUUCAAGCAUGGAAUAUGAGUGGUUAUUGUUCGGUUCUAGAUUUAUAG